AUGCUGAACAAUUCUCAUCCACACACAACAAACUCUCUUUCGGGAACCCAAGAAGGUCCAAACAACACCUUUGUUCCAUCGGUCAAUCAGCUCAAUCAAACAAAACGCAUCAUGAUCAAAGAACUUCUCUCCGUCUAUGAAUUCAAUGAUGAAAUACUUUUAAAAACAAUGAAAAUGAUGCUCGAGGAGAAUGAUGAGAAUACUUUGGAAAUAUCACAACAAGAUGUAAAGACAAAUUCUGACCAUUUACAAAAUUCAAUGACCACCAAUUCAAGUUCCAACAUCUCACAUGACACUUCUUCCAUCACCAAUCAAUUAGAAGAUUAUUUAAUAGAAUAUGCUCCACUUCGAUUGAUUUAUUGUCUUUAUCAAUUUCUGAUCAAAGGAAAUCGUUUACAUCAACGUUUGAGAUAUCCAAAUUUAUUUGUAUAUCCUCAAAUUGGAAGUGAUGAGCCUUAUUAUGAUCCACAUUACAUUGAUGAACAUGAUUUUAUUCAUGAUGAAGAGGAGGACUUGGAUAAUAACCAUAACAUGCCACAAGAGACUUAUAAUUAUUCCAUUUUUAGAAGUAUCUCAUUAGAUUUGGAAUCUAAUUUUGAAAUGAUUAGAAAUGAAUUUAUUCAAGUCUAUUCCAAUCAUUUCAAUACUUGUAAUUUUAUGGAUAGAAUUCAAAGUAGUGUCAAUGGUCAAUGGAAUGCCAUCUAUCUUGUGAAUCAAGGAAAGUUAGAUGAUGAAUCUAUUUCAAAAUUUCCAAAAACAUUUCAACUAUUAGAUUCCAUAUUAGGAUUCGAAGAUGGUAGAAUAUGUAGAUUGAAUAUAGGAUAUGUUUAUUUUAGUAUCAUCCAUGAAGGUACUCACAUAUUACCACAUUGUGGUGUCAGUAAUAUUAAAUUGAGAAUUCAAUUACCAUUAAUCGUUCCUCUUGAGAAGAAUCAAGAAAGGAAUUUCGUGACCAUGAAAGUUAAAAAUAUUGAAAGACAAUACAGAGAGGGUCAAAUUAUGAUAUUGGAUGAUAGUUUUGUACAUGAAGUCAAAUAUCAGACGAGUAGUAGUGAGUUGCAACAUGAUGAAUUUGUCAACAACAACAACAACAAGACAACUAGUCUUGACAAUGAUUCUUCUUCUGCUAGUUGCGAUAAUACUAGUACUAUUAAUAAUAAUUCUAAUCGUUUGAUCAUGAAUGAUAUACAUUCUUCCACUAUUCAUACUACUACUAGUAUACCCUCUCUAAACUCGAUUCGAGUAGUAUUAUUGAUUGAUAUUUAUCAUCCAGAUUUAGUAAGAGAUGAAAUUCAAUUAUUACAUUUAUUCUUUGAUAAUAUGAAUGGAGCAUUAUAA